GCCAAAGGUUUAACAUGGAGAGAGCUGGAUGACCAGUGACUGUCUCCAGUGCAUCUGUAUGGAGCCUUUCGGAGUGGGCUGCUGUGACCAUGGGUCAAAGCCUGUGGACUAUCCAGACUGGUGCGAGAUCAUCCGAAAGCCUAACACAUGCACCAGUGUGGCAGUGAUGAAGGCCAACCGCAAACUGCCCUGUCUCUGGGGACAAGGACGCCUCCGGACAGCAGCUGGACAACCCUGGAAACCAGACAAUGAUCCAUUAUUCUGAGCUCACAACAAGUCCUAUUAGUAUUUAUAUGACCUUAAUAAAACAUUUAAUAUAUUGUUAUUAUUUAUUGUAGUAUGUCCUAAUUUUGCUUUCAGAAACAUGCAUUGCCUUUUUGUAUUGAGUUCAUUAUUUGGUGAAGUGUGUUUAGUGUGUUUGUUUUGAUGCUGACCAGGGACUGCAAAAUGGAUAUAGGCUAAUUAACUGAUGCAAACCAUCUCUUGAGCUUGUACAAUCUUUGUGC